GUCUCUCCAAAAUGAUUGGCUACUAUUGCCUGCAAAGUCCUGUUAGCUGUCAAAUCAGCCUGGCAUUUUUUCAACCGGGAUGCCUAGGCGCUUGGGCGGUCGCCUACUUUUUGGUUGUGGUCCUUGCCGGCCGAAAUGGGAAGGAAUCGAUAAACUGGUGUGCCAUUGUGCAAGGAAACCGGAUAAGCUGGAUAGUAUUGCAAAAUAUUUGCACAAGCGGUUACUUUCGGAUCUACAUCACCGAAAUUAUGCGUAUGCUCUUUCGAUCUUAUAUUUUCUGUAGGAACGUUAAUAUAACAAUGGAAGCAAUCAGUGCUCUUGUUAAUACAUGCUACCGACUCAAACUCAACUUGUUUGACUCAAGUUUUCUGAAAAUGGUCCUGUUACUACUAGAACAAGAUUUACCAGAACUUCAAUUGCUUGGUACAAAAUCGUUUUUGGGGUUUUCGCAAAUUGAGGAGGAUGCACCUAGUUACCAUCGAGAGUAUGACGAUUUGGUAGACCAUUUUGCCAGAAUGGCCUAUUCUAAACUUCCCAACGAGAUUGAACGAAAAAAAGUUCGCGUCGCGGGAAUCAAAGGACUUCAAGGUGUUGUAAGAAAAACAGCUAAAGGUCAGCUUAGAAUCAAUGCCCUCCAAAGCAUGGAGAAGAUUGUUCCUGCAUUGCUCUUCAACAUUCAUGAAAGGCCACCACAAAGCAAUGAGACAGAUGAAUCUGAGCCUGGGUGUCAAGCAGUUUUUGUGUUUAAAGAUGUUGCUUGUCGCGCCUCCUUCACAAACAUUAUUCCAGUCGUUUCCACAAUGAUUUCCCACUUCGACCAUCACAAACUCUGGACUCCCAGCGAUUUUCCUCUUCUUGUUUUUGGCUACCUGUUAGAUUCCAUUAAGAAUAUGCAAGUUGCCCAUAAUCUUGUAAAGGAACUCAUUAAUUAUCUCCGGAGAAACGACACAAGAUUAACUACCCUUCAGCGAAUUUCUGUUGUAAUGGUCAUAGAUAAGACCAUCAUUACACUUGCCAAGGGUGCUAUUGGACCGGACGUCUUUCACAACUUUAAAGCUCUUCUUCAGAUCCUAAGAUCCAGCAUCGAAAAGACUUCGAAGGGCGUAGGAGCUGACGAGCAGCGUUUCCACGAUGCCAUCAUGCACACCAUCGCCGAUGGUCGUUCGGACAGCAAGGAUUACUCAAAGCCAAUGGUCAAGGUGUUGGUGAAAACGAUGCUGACGAUGGCCAUCCAAUAUCAAACAGUCGCCAUCUCCAACGCCAUCGACUUUGACUUCCUGCGUCUCCUACUGCACGGAGUUGCCCUCGACCCAGACGCCUCUAUCCGUGUGUACGUUCAGAAAAUCCUCCAUGCUCUCAUUGAUCGACACAACAAUGCACCGAAGCUGCUCGCCGUCAGAAUUUACCCUCCUGAAGAGGUCAAAAGCGUGUACACACUGGAAAAGCCUUCUCGACAGGACAUUCUGUUCAUGAAGAAGACGGGCUUCGUGUUGACGGAGAACAUUUUCCACCAGAUGUUGGACCCAAGCAACAAAGUUGACAACCUUGAACACUUGAUGUGCACAAUCGGCCUGAUAGCACUGGAAAUGGGCGCAGAAGAAGUCCUUUCGGAGUUGCUUCGACUGGUGCUGGCAGUCCAACAAAAGACGCUAGAGUCGACAGACCACCUUCCCUUGCCGCAUCUCUGUGCGAUCCACGCUGUUCUCGCCACGGUGAUGUCCAUAAUUGUCCCAAUAUCACGUCUCAAUGAAUCCCUCCUCUCACACGUCCAGUCGGUUAUCCAAACGCGAAAGGAGAAAGCGCCGUACCUCCUUCCAGAAGUUGCUUUCAACCGAAAAAAUACUCAGGAAACUUAUCCCGCCCAACUGGUCAUCCCCGAGGACAUGCUCUUCAUUCUUGCGACCGUCAAGUCAGCUAUGAUCCAAGUAGGAUUCGACGCAUCCACACUGGACAUCCCCUAUCCCGCAUUCGAUCCCCUGAAGGCCCUCCAGUCCCUGCGAGUGGUCAUGAUGGGCACGAGGAUGAACGAGUACAACACGUCGGUGGCGGGCGGAGCGGUCAGUGGACCCUCGGAUUACGGCUCUAUGACUCGGUGCAACGGCUGGGGCGCGUAUUCGGGCACCCUGGGCAAGGGCGGUCGUCCCGUUGAUUUUGAGCGUAAAGCCCACCCCGUAACUUACCCUUAUGCAGAGAUUGGGUCAUCGAAGCACCAAUCGGAGCCUCGUUUGGUGCCCGCCUAUCGGAAGAGAGGUCCCUCGAAUGUGUAUGAGCGGAUGGGCCUGAACAACAUGAGGAUGGCCAUAAGCAAGCCGGCUUUGUUCUCCAAAUGCCGCGCCGUUUGUCGCGGCAAUGGGUCUCGCAGCGCCGUGCCAAUGGCCCCCGACAGCCAGUCGAUUAGCAGCCUCUCGAUGGUCGAUAGCACCGUCUCCAUGCCCAACACGGGCUCUCAAGCUUCCGAUCUUGACAGGGAUGAAUUCAUCUCCUUCAAGUACGCACAGAAGAUUCUAGCUGAAUCUCCUGAAGCUCGGAGGAAGCGAAAAACGGCUGAAAAUCGGGCGUCUCCGAAAUACGACAGGUCGUCUGGAAAGCCACCCAUGGAUUUCAAUGAGCUUUGCGCUCUCCACAAGAAACGAGCGCAGACUCAGCGAUUCAAUGUGGCUGGGGUUGUCAGUGACCUCUCGAGCGAGUUAAACCGUCAGAAACCGCAACCGAGGCGCGUGAGCAUCAAUGAGCGCGGCGGUGGAGGCCUCUCGUUUCUUCGGGGAGGCGGCGGACGAUCGGAGAAGCCGGAUGCCUCGGAAGCGGCAGCGCGUCGAGCGGCGGGCGGCGGUGGGGCGGAAGAGAAUUCGGGCGGUGAAGGGGAGGUGGCUUCGGGGGCUGGGGGAGCCGAAGAGGAGACGGCGCAGACCAGCACUGGUGAGGCUGCGAGCCAGUCUGUGCCUCCCCCCACCCAGUCCACUUGGGACUCCAACUACAUCUCCCUCUUUGUUUCGUGA